CACCCACCCCUAGCCAGGACUGUCUCCGCAGAGCCCCGCCGGGACCAGGUGUCCCAGGCUCGCCAAGAUGCAGCCGGGGCUCUGGCUCCUCCUGGCCACGCAGCUGGCAGCUCUCCGUGGCAGCUCCGUACUCCAGCAGGCUCCUGGGUCCGUAAUGGUUCAGACCAAUGGAAUGGUGAUAAUGUCCUGCGAAGCCAAAACCUCGCCCACUAGCACGCGCAUCUACUGGCUGAGACAUCGCCAGGCUCCAAGCCCGGACAGUCACUACGAGUGCCUGGCCUACUGGGAUCCCAUAAAAGGGAUUGUGUAUGGACAGGAAGUGGAGCCAGAGAAGCUAACUGUGUUUCCGGACGCGACCCGGUCCAUUCUCAAUCUCACAAGUGUGAAGCCUGCAGACAGUGGCAUCUACUUCUGCAUGACCGUUGGGUCGCCCGAGCUGACAUUCGGGAAGGGAACUCGGCUGAGUGUGGUUGAUGUCCUUCCCACCACUGCCCAGCCCACCAAGAAGCCCACCCCCAGGAAGAAAAUGUGCCGGCCCCCAAGCCCAGUGACCCAGAAGGGCCCAUCCUGUGGCCUCCUCACCCUCGGCCUGUUGGUGGCUGGAGUCCUUGUUCUGCUGGUGUCCUUGGGUGUGGCCAUCCACCUAUACCGCCUGAAGAGGAGAGCCCGGCUUCGCCUCCUGAAACAGUUUUAUAAAUGAGCAGAGAAUAUGCUUUUGGUGUCCUGCUACAAAAAUACGUUGGUCAAUAAUGAGCGAGAUCUGGAAAAAUGAGAGAGAAGGGACACGCUCAACUCCCUCGAUUGUGGCAAUUUCACUGACCUGCUGAAGUUGCCUGCUUUUAACUACUGCAAGUUCAUUCUGUGGGCCUCACGCAUGGGAGAAACUUGUUAGUUGGUCAUCGCGAAUCACGAAUCACGGAGAGAAGGCUUCAGAGCCCCGGAGCACUUCCUGCAACUUCCUGCAAAUGAGUAAGAAAUGCCGCCAUGACACCACUCCCCAGCUCCCGUACUCACCCUGGGCUGGGACCCUCGUGUUGGCCGUCCGGCCACCUUCUCGCAAGUUGCUUUGCCCUGAUAGGGCAGUGACAUGGAGUCCUGAGUCUCUCAUGGGAUGGUGCUGGGAUGGCUCCUCCUUGGUCUUCCCAGGCGGGGGUCACCGUCCUCACUGAGAGCCACAGAGACCACACCCAGCUUGGAACCGUGCUUUCUGUGAAGGGCUGACUCAGUCGGUUCAGUCUCCAGGGACCUCCUGUGGAGCAGGAACUUGUGGUGUGGGAGCCGGAGUUCACUUAAUCUCCCAUUAGGAAGUUCCUCAAUCUCCCAUUAGGAAGUUCCUCCACUUUCACUUCUGCCCUCCCAUGGCUUGUAUAUUUCUUCUCUCACUGUUCUUUUUAUGAAAAUGUCUUGGUUGUAAAAAUAAAACCCUGAAUAAAAGAUGCGAACGGC